AUGGCCUCAGAAGGCUCAAGUUCGCAAUACAUUCCCAAGUUCAUUCAGAACGUGCCCUGGUACUACAAACUACAGAAGCCUAAGGAUGAGGAGCAAAAGGAACAACUAGAUGCAUUUGCUCAUCAGCGUAAACUUGGAGUCGGGACAGACCUGAACGCAGCACAAACUUCUGAAUCUCGUUUAGAUGCUGUUGAUGCGCUGGACGAUUACGACGCCAAACGAGAUCACUGGAGAAAUAAUGCAGAGGAGCAAUGGGACGAGAUCGUCGGUAACUGGGAUCAAAACAAGAACAAGUUAAAGAAGAAUGCUUAUGAUCAAAACGAUUCAGAUGACACAGAUUACGAGCUUGAAAUUGAAGAACUCGGCCUAGAUCCGAAGCAUCUACGCUCAUACAACCUUGAGGAUAAAGAGGAGCGAUCAAAUCGAGAUCGAAAUAAUGUUCCCGCAUACAUCAUGGGAAUCACUGCAAAUGAGGGCGGUAAAGUACGCUACGGCCAGGACUCAUUGGCAUCAAUUGUUCUUCAGGAUUCUGAAUUCGUUCGUGAAAGCAAAGACGAAAAGGACCUCAAGAAAAUGCAAGAGUUUGCCUGGGAGAAGAACAAGCAGCAUGAGAAGGAGCAGCAGAUGAAACAGUAUUAUAGCGAAGUGAAGGGUGAGGUAGAUGACACACUUACACAGACAAACUUGGACUAUGUGGUGGAAGCCAGCCCGACCCUAUUGAUGUUGAAAGCUAAAGAAAAAGAAAAGAAGGCCCUGGCUGAACGAGCUGCAAAGCACAGAAAAUUGAUGGAACGGUACGGAUAG